CUCCCCGUUCCCUGAGCAUCCCACCUCCCCGGUACCCCCGGUACCCACUUCUCCUCGUUUUCUGAGCAUCCGACCUCCCCAGUCCGCCUCUUGCCUGCAUCUCCCAGCUCCCUGAGCUCCCCGUCUCCCCGGUACCAGCAUCUCCCAGUUCUCUGAGCAUCCCAUCUCUCCAGUAUCCCCGGUACCUGCAUCUCCUGGCUCCCUGAGCUCCCCAUCUCGCCUGUACCCCCCCUCCUCGCCCCCCCGGUCCCGCAGCCAUGGCGUUCAUGGUGAAGAGCAUGGUGGGGGGCCAGCUGAAGAACCUGACGGGUGGCCUGGGCGGCGAGGAGAAGAGCGAGGGUGAGAAGUCCCCGGCAGAGGCUCAGGGCAUGACCCGCGAGGAGUACGAGGAGUAUCAGCGGCAGCUGGUGGAGGAGAAGAUGGAGAGAGAUGCCCAGUUUGCCCAGCGCAAGGCGGAGAGGGCCACGUUCAGGUCCCACUUCCGAGACAAGUACCGGCUGCCCAAGAACGAAACGGAUGACAACCAGAUCCAGCUGGUGGGCGGUGACGUGGAGCUGCCCAAGGAGCUGGCCAAGAUGAUCGAGCAGGACAACGAGGAGGAGGAGGAGAAGAACUCCGUCAUCGGCCAGCUCAGCAACAUCCAGAACCUGGACCUGGACUCCUUGAAGGACAAAGCCUCGGCCACGCUGGAGGACCUGAAGCAGUCGGCCGAGAAAUGCGCCGUGAUGUGACCCAGCUGACGGCUCCAGCCCCUCUCUCUCUCAGCGAAGGGUCCCGCUGGGGACCCCCCACGGCGUCGCCACCCCCUGCGUGAGCCGGGUCCUCCUCCCUGAGCCCCGAGCCCCUGUCCCAGACCCCCCUGCUCCGUCCGUGCCGGUGUCCCCGUGCGUGCUGUGGUUGUGUUUUUUUGGGGGGGAAGGAGGAGGUUUCGGUGCGGUCUGAGGACACAGCAAAGGGGUGGCCUCGCGCCCUCCGUCCCCCGGGCUGGGACCCACCGGAGAAGGGGGGAAAAGCGACCUGCGUGUAGGGAAAGUCGCCUCCGUGCCCGUCGUGAUGUGGUCGUGCGCUGUGCUCCGCCGAGUGUCCACACCUACCGUGCUGUCCCCGUGCCGCGGCACCGCCGGAAUAAAGCCCGGGAGCUCUCUGUGCACUGCUCGCUGCGCUCCCUCGGUGCUGUGGGAGAAGUGAAGGGCGUGCCAGCGCUGGGGACAGAAGGACAGGGCCUUAAACGAGCAGUUGUUGCAGGGGCGGAAGGGCC